AUGGUGAUUUUCACACCUUUUUAUCUUGAAGACAUGUUAAAACAAGUAAAUAGUCAUAAAGUGAAAUUUGCUGAUGAUGGUACAGUGUGGCGUACUGAUACAGACAUAAAAACACUAGAGACACAACUACAAGAAGAUUUGAAUUCAAUAUCAGAAUGGACAAGUAAGUGGCGCAUGAAACUGAAUGCAGGAAAAACGGAAUACUGCAUGUUUUCAAAGGACCCAGACAACACACCAGACAUUCAUCUCGAGCUAAAUGGAUUGAGAUUGACAAGAGUUAAGCAGUCAAAGGUUCUUGGGGUUGUACUGGAUGAAAAGCUCACCUUCAAUCAACAUGUACAAUAUACAGAAACAAAAGUAUUAAGAGCACUUGGAUUACUGUCAUGUGUAGCAAAAUCAGAAAAGGUGUCACCACAGAAUAUGAUUAAACUAUAUCAAAGUCUAAUUGUUCCUUAUCUAGAGUACGCGUCAUCAGUUUGGCAAACAAGUACUUCAGUACAAAUAUUAGAAAAAGUCCAGCGAAAAGGUCUGAUGAUUUGUUUGGGAGCAAUGGGCACAAGCAGCUGCGAAAGCUUAGAAAUACAGUCCGGAGUACCACCAUUAGAUUUGCGAAGGACAGAAUUAGCAAUAAGAGAGUGCACUAAAUUAAUGGCAAAAGGCUUAAACCACCCUUUGAAACAAUAUCUAGAUAAAUGUAGAGAAGAGGAAAAGGUCAAUGACAUUUCAUCAACACCCGUAGGAAAAAUGUUAAUGCAAGUAUAUGAAAUGGAAACACUCACUGAAACUAAUACCAGAUGCAUAGAGCCUGAGCUGACCUACUUAGAAUUCCUCCAACCAAGUAGACGCCGUCACACAUACUGGAACAACCUAGGUUCAUCAAAGAACAGAACAGCUGAACAACAAAUACAAGCUAGAAAAGCCAUCAACCAGCAAUUACAUGACAUAAACCCAGAUGCUGCUAUAGCUUUUACUGACGGAUCAUGCAGAGGAAAUCCUGGUCCAUGUGGAUGGGAAAACAAGUUACAUAUUAAGGCUGUUCAAGAAGUUAAAAGUAUCUGGAAAGCAUCUGAAAAGGGUGGAACCACUAUAAAACUUGAUUGGUCACCAGGGCAUGCCGCAAUUGCUGGAAAUGAAAUAGCAGACAGACUAGCUAAGGAAGCUGCACUACAGGCUGAAGAAAUGAAAGGAGAGUCACAAGAACCCAUCACUCAAGGGAUGUAA